AUGACAAGAACGGAAAGCAAAGUGCAAGCUUCCAUAGGAAGAGGACUUGGGAAGAACACAUUGUUGACGCCAAAGAGGCAUAGGAAAAUACUUCGUGAAAACAUAAAAGGCAUAACGCAGACAGCAAUCCGACGCCUAGCGCGCCGAGGAGGCGUAAAGCGUAUGUCUUAUGAUUCAUAUGAAGAAGUUCGGCAAGCGUUGAAAGCAUUUCUGAGAGAUAUCUUGAAAGAUGUUAUUGUCUACUGUGAGCAUCAGGGAAAGAAGACGGCGACUUUAGAUGACGUAUUUUUAUCGUUGAAAAGAAGAGGAAAGGUUAUGUACGGAUUCAGUGGAGAUGCAUCAGCGGUAGCAAGAGAAGCGGUGAAGGAACGAAGCAAAAAACGUGAAUUGGGUAUGUUUAAAGAUGUCAUUUGGUGA